GUUCUCGAUUCGCUGAGGAAGUGUUGGAAAGUUGGUAAGCUGUCUCCACUUGAGCAACUCUGUGCUAUAGUAUUGCUCAAUGACCCAUGGACUCCAGAAAACAAAUGUCUGACGGCGACGAAUAAGCUUUCGCGUCACGGGAUAAUCGCUAAACACGAAGAACUACUGGAAAAUCUGAAAGCAUUUGGACGGGAUGCCAAUGUCGAUUCCUACGACGUCUACGUCGUUCUCGAGGGCCAAGUUGUGAAGCCAUAUAUCAGAAUGAUGGAGAUUUUUUUUGAUCAGAGUUGAAAUUUGUUUUAAGUAGUU